GAAACCAGUAAGCUUGUUCUCUACUUGACACAAUUCAUGCUUUUGACACGUGAUGCUCAUUACAAUUUGGCUGGUACUUUUUUUGCAUCAAAACUUAAUCUUCAUUCAAAGCAUCAAAGCCCCUUUUUUCUUAUUGUCGUCGAUACUGUCCUUGGUUCGAAGAUUUCGUAUCAUGGUAUUUUGGCGUCUCUUCUGACUUCAUCAGUUGGUUUUUGGAUGGGUGUGAAUUUCGAAGCCGGCGUUAGUGAAGGUGCAAGACAUGGAGGACCAGGAGUCUUUACUGGGCCAUAGGACGAAUGAAAGGUCGGGUGCAAGUAGUAUUGCUAAUGCAUACCAAUAUGCCUAUCGACGAACGGGCUGUUGGAGACCACCAUUGAUUGUACCUUGCUUAUUUUUAGCUGCACUUUUUCUGACUCCAUUCUACACGAUGAAUAACAAAGUACAGCCAAAGACUAGACAUAUGGAGUUUAGAAAUGUAGUAGGAUAUUUUCUACAAGACGAUCAGAAUACAAAUUCAGAAACCUUCAAUUACACUGCGUCGAACUUUGGGUUAAAGGAUCGUGUGUAUGAUACCGAUGCAGAAUUUGACCCAGAGAGACAGAAGACCCAAUGGGAAAGAUUUGAGAAUCACGUUGUGAAACUCAACAAUCAAACUCCUAAGAAUGUUCAGUAUAAAGUUCUUUACUUGGGGCGACACGGGGAAGGUUAUCAUAAUAUCAAAGAGACUGAGGUUGGAAAAGAAGCAUGGGAUUGCUACUAUUCUCACUUGGAUGGAGACAAAAAUUCAACCUGGGCCGAUGCUCAGCUUGCUCCCACUGGUGUUGCCCAAGCUCUGGUGGCCAACGAUUUCUGGGAGAGACUAAUCACUACACAAAAAGCAUCUCCACCACAAUCCUAUUACGUCUCACCCCUAACACGUUGUCUCGAAACAUGUUCCCUUACAUUCAGCAAUCUACCACUUCCACCCACCUCCCCUCCAUUCACUCCCAUCAUCAAAGAACUCCUCCGUGAAGGUAUCUCCUCUCAUACUUGCGAUCGACGCCGCUCGAAAACUUACAUCCACGCUCUCGCCCCUACUUGGAAAUUUGAAUCCGAAUUCCCAGAAGAAGAUCCUUAUUGGCGCGCCAAUUACUCAGAAACUCGUGGGGCAGAGAACGCAAGAUUCAAAGCGCUCCUGGAUGAUUUAUUCAUGAAUGAUAAUAGUACAUUCAUCUCACUUAGUUCCCACUCCGGAGCGAUCAACACCAUCUUACGAGUUAUCGGCCAUAGAACUUUCUCCUUGAAGACAGGGGCUGUAAUCCCAGUCUUGAUCAAAGCACAGAGUGUGUUGAGAGAAGAUCCAACCCCAAUUUACAAAGGCCCGGAAUUCGCCAAAGACCCAAAAAUAUGUUCAACCCCUCCAGUUGCAUCUGAUACCCCAAAGCCAGUAAAUGAUAUCGGCCUUCAAAAACCUGAGGACGCUGUUCCUCCCCCGCCACAACCCCCAGCUCCGGAGCCAGCUACCCCCGCCGAGCCAAACCCACCCACAGAUCCAUUACCACCCGCAAAUCCAAAUCCCCCAACCGAACCGCUCCCUCCUGCUGAGCCAAACCCCCCUACCAACCCAACACCACCCAUAGAUCCCGCAAAUCCAGCAACAGUGGAAACGAAUCCUCCUCCCGUCGAAGAAACACCUCCUCAAGAUGUCGAGGUAAACCCUCCAGUCGGCGCAGCUCCACCCACAGAUAUAGCUGUGAACCCACCUACCGACUCAACCCCACCCCCACCAAACAACCCUCCAUCCAAUCCCCCCAUCGAAGCAAAUCCUCCCAUCAACGCAGCUCCCCCACCAAACGAACCCCUCGAGGCCGCCAAACCCGAACCCAUACAACCCGUUGACCCAGCGCCGCCUAUUCCUGGGGAACUUGGCACUGGCGAUGGGGUAUCUUUGUAGUUUUAGUUUCUCAUCAUUCUGUUAAAUGAAUGCUUAGUUUUUCAACCCGACAGAAAUCUUCAUUUUUCGUCAUGAUAUGGUGUGAUGAUAGUGUACUAUGGUACCUAGUCCUGCAAUUUUACAGGAAUGUGGACAUUGGCGCUUCGGCGUUUUGCAUUAUGUGGUGGAAUGGGUAAGAAAUGUAUAUAUAGAAUAUAGAAUACAGAUUCGUAAAGCA